AGGAAGAAUAUCUCAUACAUUUAUCCUGAGAGAAGAAGAAAAAAAAAGGAAAAAACAAAAGAUGAACACCAUUAUCCUUUUUGUAACAUUUCUUGCUCUUUCUUCUUCAUCUCUAGCCGAUGAGACAGAGACUGAAUUUCAUUACAAACCCGGUGAGAUAGCCGAUCCCUCGAAAUGGAGCGGUAUCAAGGCUGAAUGGAAAAUUUGCGGGACAGGGAAGAGGCAAUCGCCAAUCAAUCUUACUCCACAAAUAGCUCGCAUUGUUCACAAUUCUACGGAGAUUCUUCAGACAUAUUACAAACCCGUAGAGGCUAUACUUAAGAACCGUGGAUUCGACAUGAAGGUUAAGUGGGAAGACGAUGCAGGGAAGAUCGUGAUCAAUGAUACCGACUACAAAUUGGUUCAAAGCCACUGGCACGCACCUUCAGAGCAUUUUCUCAAUGGACAGAGAUUGGCCAUGGAACUUCACAUGGUACACAAAAGUGCAGAAGGGCACUUAGCAGUUAUCGGAGUUCUCUUCAAAGAAGGUGCACCAAAUGCCUUCAUUUCACGGAUAAUGGACAAGAUCAACAAGAUCGCAGACGUACAAGAUGGAGAGAUCAGCAUCGGAAAGAUAGAUCCAAGAGAGUUUGGAUGGGAUCUUACUAAAUUUUAUGAAUACAGAGGAUCGCUCACAACUCCUCCUUGCACGGAAGAUGUCAUGUGGACCAUCAUCAACAAGGUGGGGACUGUUUCGCGUGAGCAAAUUGAUGUAUUGACCGAUGCUCGUCGCGGUGGUUAUGAGAAGAACGCAAGACCGGCUCAACCGUUGAACGGACGUCUGGUUUAUUUAAAUGAGCAGUCCAGUCCAAGCCCACGACUACAAAUUCCACGAGUUGGUCCAGUCUAAGACAGUCUUAUAGGACAAGGCAACUCCGAGCCCUAAUUUCCAUACAAAGAAAAUUCGAAAAAGAAU